UUCCAUUGGUUUAUAUUUUAAUUAUAUGUACAGAUUUCAAAAUAGAUGAAAUUGCUUUACGUAUUUCCAAUUUAGGUAAAUGGUAGCUUGGCAUAUGUAUUGUUCUAGAACUUCUAAUCUCCCCUCAAAUCUGUUUUUUUAAAUCCUUGCAUAUAAUUACACAUAACAUUCAGGUCAUUUGUUUUGAACAGUAGAUAACACCCAUAUUUAAUUUACUUGAGUAAAGUCCAUAGUAUGAAUUUACCUCAUUUGAUCAAUCCAUUUCCUCUUGAGUAGAGUACUUGAGUUGAUUCAUUUUUUUACUACUAUAUAAAAUGAAGUUAUGAACUUUCAGAUACAUGUCUCCUUACAAACUUUGGCCCAGUUUUACUUGUGAGUCUGUUUUUAAAAUUUUAUUUAUCAGAGUUAUUUAAAUGUUCCAAAUGCUAAACUUUCUUUUUUAUAUCUGUUGAAAAUAUAUUCCAUUUUUAAUUUGGUUUUUAUUGUAAUUUGUUUAUUGUAUUUAUCAUGUAGAAUUUUUCAAUUUUGACAUAGGGUAAUUCGUUAAUUUUUUCCAUGAGAUCUACCUUUUGAAUCUUGCUCUAGAAAUCCUUACAUAUCACAGGACAUAAAGAUAGUCUCCUAUUGGAACUGUGGUGUUUCUGAAAUUUUGAAUUGAAUUACUUUUAGACACAGCACAUUCUCUCUUGCUCACCACAAAUCCCACCAGGCCUUAGUCUCUCAUACCUAGUCAAUUUAAUAUAUUUCCCCUCAGGUACAUGAGGUUGUAGUCUGUGGAUUAGAGAGUCAAAGAAUAAAGUUACACAAACUAGAUUUUUCAGACUUGGCUUAGAAUUAAAUUAUGAUUAUAGCUCUACAACCCCAGUCUAGGUUUCCAUGGAAAUGAAGCCUUGAUAGAAUUCAUUCUGGGAGAUCUACAGCUUCUAUUAAGUAUUAUAUAAGUUUUGCAGAGGUGCACUCCAACAUAUAGAAGCUGAAUAAUUUGGUUUAUUACCUGCCUAUAAAAAACUUUAUAGACAUUUUUGUUUUCUAUCUUGCCAGACUAAUCAAUGUUAACCAUGAUGUGUAUGAUCCUUAGAUGCUGGACUGGAGAUUGGCAAGUGCACAUUUUAUCCUGGCUGCGACGUUGGUGGUCUGGAGCUCAGGAAAAGUGCUCUCAGUGGAUGUCACAGCAGAGGCCUUUGAUUCUAGAGUCUUAGAUGUUCAGUCACCACCCACAGUCAAGGAAGAGAAAUCAGCCACAGAUCUGGCAGCAAAACUCUUACUUCUUGAUGAACUUGUGUCUCUGGAGAAUGAUGUGAUUGAAACAAAGAAGAAAAGAAGCUUCUCUGGUUUUGGUUCUCCCCUGGACAGACUCUCAGCUGGCUCUGUAGAUCAUAAAGGUAAACAGAGGAAAGUAGUAGAUCAUCCAAAAAGGCGAUUUGGUAUCCCCAUGGAUCGGAUUGGUAGAAACCGGCUUUCAAAUUCCAGAGGCUAAUUGAUUCCAAUUACACAACUUCCUUGGGUGAAAUGUCACAGAAAUACGGAAGAUGCUGCAGUGAAGUUCUUCACACUCCACAAUGAUUAAACUUCUAAGGAACCUUCUGUAAUCCUUUCCAGAGCUUUAACUUCAGUUCAUCACAUCACAGUAUUGUUGUAACUUCAAUUAAAUUGUGCAGAUAAUUUCAA